AUGAUACGGUAAACCCCUCACUUUUUUUCUUUUUCUUCACCAUACUGGUAUCGUACCAUAGCAAACGACAAAAACAUAGCUUAAGUUAUACUUGAGUAGGCUCUCCCUGACUGCGUACGAGUACUGUAGUCUACGGUAGAGUGGUAGAGUACUUGGUUCUGACAUUCCCCCUCAUAUCGCCUCAUCUUACUCUGCCCUUCCCCCCUCCCUCUUCUUCUCCCUCUACGUCCCUUGAGAUUUGCCUAAUACAAAAUUUCUACUUCUACUUCCUAACUGCAACAACCUCAAAAUGUCGCUUUCUAAUAAGCUUGCUAUUACUGACCUCGAUCUCAAGGGAAAGAGAGUCCUUAUUCGUGUAGACUUCAACGUCCCUCUUGAGGGGACUAUCAUCACGAACAACCAGCGUAUUGUCGCAGCCUUGCCUACUAUAAAGCAUGCUCUCGAGUCGGGGGCCAGAUCCAUUGUGCUGAUGUCGCACUUGGGACGCCCUGAUGGAAAGAGAAUUGAAAAGUACUCUUUGGCACCAGUGGCCAAGGAAUUGGAGAAGUUGCUUGGUGUCAAUGUCAUCUUCUUGGGCGACUGUGUUGGCCCGGAUAUUGAGCAGCGUGUUGCGAAUGCCCCCGAUGGAGCAGUGAUUCUCCUAGAAAACCUUAGAUACCACGCUGAAGAGGAAGGAAGCUCCAAGGGGCCGGAUGGCAAGAAGGUCAAAGCCGAUACAGAGAAAGUAAAGGAGUUUAGAAGAUCUUUGACCUCAUUGGGCGAUGUUUACAUUAAUGACGCCUUCGGCACUGCCCAUCGAGCCCAUAGUUCUAUGGUUGGUAUCGACUUGCCGCAGAAGGCAUCUGGUUUCCUCAUGAAGAAGGAGUUGGAGUACUUUGCCAAAGCUCUUGAAUCCCCGGAACGCCCAUUCCUUGCUAUCCUCGGCGGUGCCAAAGUAUCCGACAAGAUUCAACUUAUUGACAAUCUAAUUCCCAAGGUUGAUUCUUUAAUUAUUUGCGGUGGUAUGGCGUUUACUUUCAAGAAGACACUUGAGGGUGUCAAGAUUGGUAAUUCCCUGUUCGAUGAGGAGGGUGCUAGGACGGUUGGUGAGGUUAUCGAGAAGGCGAGGAAACACGGUGUGGAGGUUGUUUUGCCUGUUGACUAUAUUACUGCGGACAAGUUUUCGAAGGAUGCUCAGGUUGGAUAUGCAACUGAUGAGCAGGGCAUCCCCGAUGGGUGGAUGGGAUUGGAUUGCGGGGAGAAGUCUAUUGAGUUGUGCAAGGGCACUAUAGCUAAGGCUAAUACUAUACUCUGGAACGGGCCCGCUGGCGUCUUUGAGUUUGACAACUUUGCAAAGGGAACCAAGGCUAUGUUGGACGCGACUGUCGAGGCUGCAGGGUCUGGCAAGAUUGUUAUCAUUGGUGGCGGUGACACUGCAACUGUGGCUGCGAAGUAUGGUGUUGAGGAUAAGCUGAGCCAUGUCUCGACUGGUGGUGGGGCUUCAUUGGAAUUGCUCGAAGGCAAGGACCUUCCUGGUGUCUCUGCUCUCUCGAGCAAGUAGACGGGAUUCACUGAAUGGAAGGACAACUGAAUGGAAGGACGACUGAAUCCCGCGAGAAGGAUCUGUAGUUAUCAGAACAUCUAGUCCCUGAGCCCAACCAACUUCCACCUUGGCGGAGGAACAAUAAUAUAGAAAAAAAAACUCUGGCUCAUGACAACAUGAACUGUCCCAAUUUUUAA